AUGGAAACGGCAGCGACCAUGGCAAGGGUGGAGACGGCACUGCUGGCCUCGCUCGCCAACCACCCGGUCAAGAAACGCAAGCGUGACAACGCAAGGGGCGAGUGUGACAGGGUCAACCCACGUAAGGCGAGGCGCGUUGCGAGUCCCGAACCUUCUGUCGACGAGGACGAGCUGGAGGACGAGGUCGGUCGCCACGAAAUUUGCGAGCAGCUGCGUGUGCAUCUUUUUGUGGACGCGCCGGACGCGGUGAUGUCGUUCUACCCCAGUAGCGUGGCGAAGAGUGCCGGGCUGUGCGCGAUCAUUGACCGUCUGACUCCCGCUUUUGCAAGCCUCGCAUUGGCUGCAGACAAAGGGAGACGCGCUGACCUGAACCGUUCGUUUAGCGACUGGAAGAAGGCGGCCGCGGGGCGUGUCCGGGACAUUGCGAUGCCGAAACUGGGACUUUUCCGCAACGAGAAGGACGCGCGCAGCCCGUGGGCUGCCCCCAAGGCUCGCUCGGCGGCGAGGGUGAAGGAGCGCCUGCUGCUGACACUCGAUGGGGAGGGUAAGACAGUAUCGCGAUGCUUGGUUACCGACGCGAUCCGCUACUGGGACACCCGCAAGGGCAGGCUGUCGAACUCUGCGGGUGUCAACGCGCAGAUCGUGGACGGCCUCCGCGAGUGCGCGCUCGUGGACGUCAUGGCCGCCAUCAAGCAGUUCCAGCCGCAGUACGACCCCACGACGUCAUCGUGGGCGUGGGGCCGCCAUGGGCUGCGCCUGUCUGCAUGCGCGAUUGAGAGGCAGGAGCACGCCGGGCAGGCACCCAGCGUGAGCGAAGGCGCACGGGACAACAUGUCCCUUACCUGA